AUCAGUUUGAUGAUUGAUGUUUCACACGGCUACAGAGAAAGUAAUUGCAAGUUUUCCGAGAUUUUUAACUCUGAAUAGUAUUGAAAUGAAUAUUUCCGUGUCGUGAGAAAUGCUGUUAUUGUCGAUCGGAGAAUGUUCGCUGUGCCAAAAAUGCCGAGGGGAGAGCACAGGCCCAGUGUCCUGUUGUCUCGGGAGGAGAACGAGCAGGUUUUCAGCCUCAUAGGCCCAAAAUGUCAGAGUUUAGCGACAGCUGUGGUCCAGCUCUUCACCACCGAAGGGCCAGGGCAUUCAGAAUGGAAGAAAAUGGACACGGGCGUGCUCUGUCUGAUAAAGGACAACGGCCGAAGGUCGUACUUCUUCAGGAUAUACUGCUUGUACAGGAAGAUCAUGAUAUGGGAGCACGAGGUCUACCUCCAGAUAGAGUACAAGAGCCCCAGGCCGUAUUUACACACUUUUGAGGCGGAGGAGUACAUGACGGCGUUCAACUUCGCGAACGAAGAAGAGGCGAGGAUUCUAAGGAAUAUUCUUAUAGAGAGAAUCGAAAUGAGGAAGCAGAGGCGGCAAGAACGACGGCAGCGUUCAAUGAUGGCGACGCGAGCGAACUCGGGCGGCGCAACUAACAACCGUCAGAACGGCGUCGCCUCCCCGCUACCCGCGACGCCGCCCGCCCCUGCGCCCGCUCCUGCGCCCGCGCCGCUCGCCGCUCCGCUUACAAAUAAACCUUCGUUUACUUCCGGCUACACAUUAAAAGGCACCAAGAAGCCAAAAGGAAGGAAACUGACGAAAGCCGACAUCGGCGUGCCGCACGGCUUCAAACACGUGUCACACAUAGGGUGGAGCGCCGCCACAGGAUUCGACGUGGAGACUCUGCCGGACGACGACGAGAUGAAGUCGUUCUUCCUGAAGGCGGGCGUCUCCGAGAGCCAGCUGCAGGACCAGGAGACGCGCCAGUUCAUAUACGACUUCAUACACGAGAACGGCGGCAUCGAUGCGGUCAAGAACGAGCUGCAUAAUACCAAGAAGCCUAGCAAAGGGUGGAGCGAGAGCGCGGCGCCGGCGCCGCCGGUGCCGUCGCGGAGCCCCGCGCCGCCGCAGCCGCCCGCGCCGCCGUCGCGCGCGCCGCCGCCGCCGCCGGCGCCCCCGGCGCGCGCGGUGCCCCCUCCCCCGCCGCUGUCCGCGCCCCGCAACCCCCCGCCGCGCCCGCCGCAACCGCCGUCGAGCGGGCCGCCGUCAGUGCCUCCCCCUCCCCCGCCGGGCGCGGCGCCGCCUCCCCCUCCCCCUCCCCCGCCGCCGCCGCCGCCCGCCGCCGCGCCGCCGCCGCCCGCCCCGCCCGCCCCGCCCGUCCCCGACAACUCCGCCGUGCCCGCCGACGCCAGAGCUGCCUUGAUGGAAAGCAUUCGGAGUGGGAAUAAAAUGCUCAAGCCAGUGGAUCAAAGCGGGGCGAGCGCCGCGAAGGACGACAGCAGAACGAACCUGCUCAGUGAAAUCCGACAGGGAACGCAGCUCCGAUCGGUGGCGGCGCGGCCGACGCCGCAGCCGCCACGGCCGCGGCCGGCGGGGCUGGCGGGCGCGCUGGCCAAGGCGCUGGACGAGCGCUCGCGGGUCAUGCACUCCUCCGACUCCGACUCGGACUCCACCAGCGACGGCGAGUGGGACGACGUCUAGCCGAGGUAUGUUUUGUCUCUGUCGUUUGUAUGAACGUUUUCCGAAAUACAAUUGUAAUUUUUUUUUGUAGUCGGCAGUUUACGUUCAUAAAUUGUUUCUUUAAAUGUUUAAUUUUGUUUCUCAUAUGAAUAUAAUUGUGUUAUUGUUAAGACUGAUAUUACAUUUUUCACAUUCAAGUCGCGUCAAUUUGGUUCUAUAAAUGUAAUAUUAUACAUAUGUUUAAUCACAGAUACAUACAAUUUUGAGGUUAUAUAAACGUAUUUGUAUACAAAAGACAGAGAUGUAAUAUAUCAGGUCAAAGUCUAGGAUUCCGCCUGUGAUAGAAAUGACUUCAAGUUUUUUUCGUGAAAAAAUAUCUGUGCGCUAGAUACAUAAAAAACAAUCUUAUGAUCCCGGUGAUAAGAUUCACAAACCUAUGACAAAUAAUUCCGCCAUUUUCAAAUAUAAAAUCGAUAGAUUAUAUAAAAAUCAAUCGAUCGACUUAAGAUCUAGCGCACUCGUAUUAAAACAUGCAUUAUUUAUAAUUAUGGGCGAUGUUUUGUUUUUUUUUUAUAUCAGUUGAUUAUAAGUAAAAUAUAAUAUAUUUCAUGAUUGUAAAUAUGGUCAAAAAUGUGUCAAGAUGAUUUUUUAAAAGUGCCCACGGGUGAAUUUCACGAGCGUUUUGAACGCCGCCGCGGGCUCUCAUUAGUGUUUAUUAAAUUGUACCAUACACAGUAAUCAAUUCAAUUAUCAUAUUUUAUAAAUAAGUAAAGUACUGGUACAAUGUUAAUUUUAUAAAUGUUUAAUUUAAAAAAAUAUAUAUUCUUCAAAAAAAAAAUAUGUGCGACACUAAUGAAACGCUACAUGCCGCGUUCAAACAGUCGUGAAAUUCACCCACAUAGUUGUAAUAAAUGUAAUGUGUCCGUAAUAAUAAUAUCCUGUUGUGCCUAUAAUACUAAUAUACGAUUUUUUUCGAUUACUACUCGAUGUGAAUACGAUUUUUUUGACUAGCACUUACGCUUGAAUCCACUCGUUAUCCUAUACAAAAUUCGCUUCAGCUGUCAAUGUGUAAAUUUGCAAAAUUAUAAGAUUUUUAUUAUGUAUAGAAAUAUUGUGAUAGUUUUUAUUUUUAAUGAAAAUUCGUGUUUGAAAUUAUUAAUACAAUCUUGGAAUGUUGUAAUAUCUAUUUCAAAAUAAGUACCUAUCGCUCAAAAUAAAGCUCACAAAUAUAUUUCUAAACAGGGUGUCGAUUCUGCUAACGUUACGACAUAAUAGUGUUUCGACGACCUUAUACUUUAAGUUUAGGCAAGACAAAAAUUGUUUCCCAUUUAUGAUAUACUGUUACAAAAUAAUUGAGACACGAUUGUGGGCAACAGAAUCGACAUUCAGUCUAUAAAGAGUAGAAACCGGAUUUUUAACAACAAAAUUUAUUUAGCCUGGAGGAUAUAGCCCCCUCAUUUAUUUGCUACUCUUUAUAGACGUACGGUAAAUUUAUUUUUGACUUAUUUCUCGAUAAUGGUAAUUAAUUAUUCAAGUUUAUAGACCUAUUCUGGAUUAUAAUUGUACUUAUAUUUUAACAGUAUUAACGAAAUAAUAUGGAACAACCGUAAAAUGUGUAUAAAUAGAAUUUAAUUUGUGUAAUCAUUACCAGAUUCGUAAACGCCUUGCGCUGCAAGGAUGGUUUUCUAAAAUGAUUUAAAAUGCUCACUUCUCGCGGUGAAAUGAAGAGGGCGCUUGAUCAAUUUGAGCUUGACAAGACACGGCCAAAAAUCGCCAACGCGGAAUUCUUGACGUAAAAAUUACGUUCAUCCGAACGCGACUACAACGAUAGAAUGAAAGUCGCUUGGAACGAAACGGCACGAUAGUUUCGGAACUAUUAAAUACACAACUUUAAAGAUUUUGAUUUUUAGAGUCAAGUUGAUUAAAAAGUCAAGAUUAUUUAUCUUUUUGUGAAUAACUAAACAAAAAUGCUUACAGUUGCCAGUAUUCAUGAACUAAACUACCGCCCUACUAGAUUCUAACGCAAGAAGUUAGCGCGAGACGUUGUGGAGCGUGAUAAUAAGGAGUGCCAAGUGUUAGUUUAAAGCCAGUGCCUGCAGUAGCGUUAACGACUAGUCAGCGUCGAUUGUGGAGGUUCGGUAUUCAGCUGUGGGGUGAGCACGAGGUUUUACGAGAUCACGAUCUUAUCUAAAUUUUCUAUGUAAAUGUUGUCGAAGGUGAUAUUACGUACUCGCAAAAACUGUUGCUAACCCCACUAAAGUCUAUAAGAAGUUCGACCUCAUUCAGUUGUUAAUAUUGCGUGCUAUAGAUAAAUCUGCUAUAGCUAUUAAUAUUGGUUGUUUUCGAUAGUAGCUCUUAUUGAGAUGCAAUAAGAACUAACAAUUUGACAACCGAAGUCGGUCAUAUUUGUUACAGACUUAAGCUGCAGUACUCUUGGUAUGAGUUUUCAAUUCGCAUUCGAUUACGUUUAUGUUUCAUCUCCAAUCAAUUGUGUAGUGACGUUGUUAUCAUAUUUAUAGUUAUAGAUCAUUUGUACCGCACCGCUCCUACCCGGCAUGAAAACGUUUAUUGAAAACUGAGCUUUAAAGCAUCCCCUAAAGACAUAAUUUAGAUUGACAAGAUGAGAGAUAAAAGCGAGCACUACGCUUAUUUGUUGUUAAUGUAAAAUAUGUCUUCAGAGAACGCUUUAAAAUAUACUUUCCAACGCCAUCUUGCGGGAGCGCUGCGGUGCCUUUAUCCGACUACGGCGAAUCGAUUGUGGUCUGAAAUUGAAGUCUGUAUAGGACCGUAAUAAUAAUGAUCGAAUUCGAAGCGAAACCUCGCACUAUACGUACAGUACGUGACAUACAUUGAUGAAACAAUAAAAAUGCAGUGCAAUGCUCAUAUAUUUAUUUAAAUAAUCAAUAUCGUUAUGUUUAGCUUUAUUUGCUACCGUUUUCUUUCGCCACUUUCUGCUACUUAUGAAUUAGUAAUGAUUAAAAUAAAAUAUUCUUUAAUUUAUAUCUUUGCAUAAUAUGUUAGAGUUAUUGCACUGCAGACCGUUUCAACUAGAAAAAACUUUAAUAUUUUAUAACAAUAAACUUUAUUUAACAAAUUCCGUUAUUAUUUAUCUAGUUGACUCGGUCGUAUAGCCUUUUAUUUUAGUUUUUAAGUUUAUUUUAAGGAUAUAAAUAUUUAUUUACAUUUUUAUUCCAUACGUCAUGUUUACGCGUAACAUUUGUAUAAUUUAGAUUUUGUAUAAUUUGUAUAUAAUGUAACGUUACGAGAUCGACUGACAUGGUGAUUCUAAAGCGAAGAACAAUCAUAUCUAGUUAGACAAUCGUAUAUUUAUGUAAGUUAAAAUGCGUUUUAAAUUUAAAAUCGCAUCAAAUACUGUUUAGGUUGAUGUAACUUAACAGACUUUUAAAAAAUUUCAUUGCUUCCUUAUUUAUUAUAAAGAGACAUGCAUUGUUUAAAAAACAAUACAACUACAUCAAAAAAAUCCUAAUUAAGUAUAAAGUUGAAGUGAGACGUGAGCUUUGUGUAUGUUAACUGAACAUUGGCGGACACAGCACUGCUAUAGCAGUACAUAUACCUUCUAUUGUGUGUCGUCCAGUGUUCGCUGUUAAGCACUUAAUAAAGUCAAAUUGCGAUCAGAGCGAGUUACUGUAAGACUCGGAAAAGUCCUUUACGCCUUGUGCCCAGGCCCAAUCCCAUCAACUAGUUGUGUUUAUUGUUUAUGGUUAUACCCGGGAGUAAACCCAUCUCCGGUUGCCAUUCGUCGUACACGUAAUAUGUUUGAUCUAGUGAACAUUGUUCCGAUUUCGGCCAUCGAUAUAAAGUCGAUAGGAUUAUAAUAAAUAACACAUGUAUUUAUUAUUACUAUUUUUAUUUUUAUAUAUACUACAUAAUGCUAUAUAUAUAAUACAUAAUGCUCAUGUCUGAUAUAGUGAUUGUAUCGCAUGCUCUAAAAAUAUUUUCCAUUAUAAAUUUGUUUUUUUUUUUUUUUAAUUCAAAAUCAUCGUUUUGGCGAACGGUGGAGCCAUGACACAAAAAAUAAAAUCGUGGUUUUUUUGCUAUUGAUGAGAGCGAAAGUUUAAACCACGAUUAAAUACAUGACAUAUAGACAUAUCUCAAAUACCUUAUGAAUCUUAGCCCGCGGGGUGAGAGGCGCGGGGCGGACGGCAAAGGGAAUUAAGAGACUGCCGCCCGCGACCCUCUCGAUCCCCUUUGUCGCCUUCUCCCCGCACCUCUGUCACCCCGCGGGCGAAUAUUCAUAUUUCUAUAUCAUGUCUUCUUGCAUGAAUGCCGCAAUAGCAAGAGCGUUUAUUCCAGUAGCUGGCAAUUCAUAUUCAUAAAUAUGAAUUUGUAAAAUAGUGCGAAACUAAUUUUAGAUUGACGCAUUAAUGACGAGGCGUGCGACAAGUAAAAUAUAUUCCCUUAUUGCAAGUUUUCGAAUUAAACUCGAUCGUCGAAACUUCGUAAGCUUCGAAAAGAUUUCGCCAAUAGAUAUUGAAUCUUAUGUAUUCAUUAUAAGGUCCAAAAUAAUUGAUUGUGAACAUUCCUCAGAGAGAGUGAGAGAAAACAGAUAAACUUGACUGAUAAUAAGGAAUUGAAAAGCUAUAUUCACAAUUUUAUCGCUCAAAAUAAUAAUAGUGCCUAAAAAAUUAUUGAUUUCAUAUAAUAGUGAGUCUUAUUUGAUUUGAAACUAAAAUGGAAAGUUUUCGAACGCCUCGUUAAAAUAUGCGCUAGAUCCUGAUAUGAGAAUAGAUAUGAGUAUAUAGAAUUGUGGCUAAAUGCCUCAUAGAUUGUCCCAGUUAACGACAUUGAAUCGGCUUCAGCUGGUCAGAAUCCUAGUAUUCGCUCCAGCUCUCGUCUGCGCCUAGCCGAUCCGAAUGAUAUUGACCCUUAUUCCAUAUAUGUAAAGGGUUUUCCUGGUUGGCUAAAUCCGAUUCCAGUUCGAUAACUAUGGAGACAUCCUUCGAAUUCGGCCAUUUGUGUUUCAAUACAACAGAAAAUUACUAUCAAUAGAAAAAAAAAUUAGACUUAUUAAAGUUAGGUUAUGAAUUAUACUUAGUAAUAACUUGUAUAUUGUAAAAAAGGGCGGAAGCUAUUUUUAUAAUAUUGAAAUGUAUGUUUUCUAUUGUUAAUGUCUUGAAAUGUUCGUGCGCAAUGUUAACUAACAAAAUCAUGUUAUUAAUACCAUCUGUAACAUUAUGUUGACUAAAUAUAAAAAUAAUACAAGC